AUUACCAAUAUUUACUGAUGAAAAGAGACCAUCCUAAUUAUUCUAAGAGAACAUCUAUAAGCAAAACACAGAUUAAUCGCACUAAAACAGCACCAAGACUGAAAAUCAAGCCUGAAGAUGUUUCCCAAUGUGCUGACAGUUUGGGAAAGGAUUGAGUUUCGAUCUUUGACAAUAGCACUCGUUGUUCUAUGUUUUUCCUUUCUGAUAUUACUUCGGAGGAGAAAGAGCAAACUUCCUCCGGGUCCUAAAGCCUUGCCCUUCCUAGGCAAUCUGCAUCAGCUGGAUACCAAAGAUUUGGUCAAAUCUCUAACAGAGCUGAGCCACAGAUAUGGUCCAGUCUUCACCAUCUAUCUUGGGCCGCAACCCAAUGUCGUCCUCUAUGGAUACAAGGCAGUCAAGGAAGCUUUGGUGGAACAGGCUGAAAAUUUUAGUGGCAGAGGAGAGUUCCCUGCGUUUUACAGAUUCACUCAAGGGAAUGGAAUUGCCUUUUCCAAUGGGGAGAAGUGGAAGGACCUCAGGCGUUUUGCAUUGGUAACCCUGCGAAAUUUUGGAAUGGGGAAGAGAAGCAUAGGGGAGAGAAUUCAAGAGGAGGCGCAAUUCAUGUUGGAAGAGUUCAGGAACACAAAGCAAAAGCCUUUUGAUCCAACUUUCUUCUUGAGUCGAGCCGUUUCGAAUGUCAUCUGCUCAAUCGUUUUUGGUAAUCGGUUUGAGUACGACAACAAGAGGUUCCUGUCACUUCUUCAACACAUCCAUGACAUUUUUCAAAUUUUGAGUUCUGGCUGGGGAAAGUUUUAUAACAUAUAUCCUGGGAUCAUGGAUUACUUGCCAGGACCUCAUCAACGCAUUUUCAAAAAUUUUAAAACAGAGCUGGAGAACGUGAGUGACCACGAAAAAACAUUUCAGGCUGAAUAUCCACGUGAUUUCAUAGACUGUUUCCUUAUCAAGAUGCAAAAGGAGAAAGGAAACCCUACAAGCAACUUCAACAAUGAUACCCUUGUGAUGACAACUAUUAACUUGUUCUUUGGAGGAACGGAAACUGUUAGUACUACUUUAAGAUAUGGGAUCCUUAUUCUAAUGAAAUAUCCAGAUAUCACAGAGAAGGUCCACCAAGAAAUAGACAAAGUGAUUGGAAGAAACCGAUGCCCAACAGUCGAAGAUAGGAGCAAGAUGCCAUACACUGAUGCUGUGAUCCAUGAGAUUCAACGUUUUACCAGUAUAAUUCCACUGAGUCUACCACACUGCGUCAUACGGGAUACUCAGUUCAGAGGGUAUCAUCUGCCUAAGGGCACAAACGUGACCCCAGUCCUUGCCUCCGUCCACAAUGAUCCUGAGAAAUUCAAAGAAACCUUAGAGUUCAACCCAGAAAAUUUCCUGGAUGAGAAUAAUCGGUUCAAGAAUAAUGAUGCUUUUAUGCCUUUCUCUUCAGGUAAACGCAUCUGUCCAGGGGAAGCUUUAGCCCGCAUGGAAAUUUUCAUAUUUUUUACUACUUUCCUGCAAAAUUUUAAGUUCAAGCCCACAGUGCAUCCUGAUGAGAUCGACCUCACCCCAUCACUCAGCGGUGUUGGUAAUGUGCCCGUAGAUUACCAACUCAUUGCUGUACCUCGUUAGUAUACUAAGGAGUAUGGAAAUUCAUGGUGCUUCAUGUAUAUUUAAAAUCAAUUUUGUGCCAGCCAUUAAAGGACAGCAUUGUAAUGUGUAUUGGCAGGUAACUUUGAGCAACUCAGAAAUCUGCAUUAAGGUACUUUCACACUAGCGUUGUUUGAAUCCGGCAGGCAGUUC